CGGUGUUGACAGUAACAGCACCACACAGACACCAGGGGGCGCUAAUUCGUGAGCCUGGGCAAAUCUUAUAACUCGUUGCUUGCUUCACGCGCUCGAUCUACCUCAACGUCAUUUCCUGAUGCUUUCUUCCUUUUCCGUCAGCCGUUUGUGAUCUGCGAAAGCCUUGUAGGCUGUUACAAACCCUCACCAUGCAAAACGACGCUGGAGAAUUCGUGGAUCUCUACGUGCCCCGUAAAUGCUCUGCUAGCAACAGAAUUAUUGCUGCAAAGGACCAUGCCUCCAUCCAGAUCAACAUUGCUGAGCUGGACAAGGUCACAGGAAGGUUCAAUGGUCAGUUCAAGACCUACGCCAUCUGUGGUGCUAUCCGUAGAAUGGGUGAAGCCGAUGACUCUCUUUUGAGGCUGGCAAAGAAUGACACCAUUGUGUCAAAGAACAUUUAAUUGAGGACACCUGGUGUUUCUUUGUAAAAUAAAAUGUGGAAAAAAAAAUCUAUGGCCCUUUUUUUUUUGUUGUUCCACUUACAUGUAGAGCGUUGAACCAGAUUGAGAGUUAAAUUUUAAUUAGUAAGCAAGAUACAUUUGAAUAAUCCUGCUCUGAUACAGCAGCUCUUAUUGCUUAUUUAAGUGGUCCAUGGCUUGUCAGAAGAAAAUGAGUAGUCAUGCCAAUUUUGCUAUAACUGUGGGAACACAAAUCAUUGGAAGACAAUGAUCAAUAUUUCCUCAGCAUAUUGGAUUUUUUAUGUUGUUAGAACUUUGCUUAUUUUCUUUUUAGACCGAUGUUUUUAAUAAAUAUUACUUUCCACAGCA